AAAAAAAAUUUUUUUUUUCUCUCCGUUUUUUUUAUAACUUACCGUUUAAUCUUAAAUAUACCAAACUUUAUUUCUUUAAAUAACUAUUUUUUAUUUUUUAAACACGAACAAAAGAUGGUAUACUUUUUUAACAAGGGUUCAAAUAAAAAAAGAAAGAAAAUAUAUAAAUUUAAAUAUGAAGAUACAACAUUGCAUAAUGAAUUUUAUGGAUACUUAAAUCCAUCGCAAACUUAUUCUAUUAUAUCUUUAAAGAGAUUUGUAGACCAUGGAUUAGAUUGUAACAGAUAUCGUUUUGGUAAAGUAACAAAUAGUAAUCAACUAAGAAAUAAUAAAUUUUCAAAUAUUGCCGGCGUUUGUGAUUUAACAAUUUUAUUCGAGAAUUCUGCUAGUGGGCUAAAUAAUAUUAGAAUUAAUGGUUCUACCACUACUCCUCCGGGUAAUGGUAAAAAGGUUGAAAAGAAAAUACAUAAUGUUUUAGUAUUGAAAGAAUCUGAUGUGGAAUUUAGAUUAGGAAAUGAUUUUAUUUCAGACACUAAUGCUGUGAUCGAACCUAAACCAAGAAGUAAUUAUAAUAAUAGAAAAUAUACUCAUCAACUGAGAUUUAAAGAUGGUGUUAUCGUGGAUUUAGAAAAAGUCGACAAUUUACAUGAUUUUGACGAAGAAGAGGAAAAUGUAAGCAGCGAUGAAGAUGAUUUUGAUGAAAACGAUGACUAUAAUGAUGAGAAUAGUAUCGCGUCAGAUACAUCAAAUGGAUGUUCAAAACACAAACUUCAUAAUAAAGUGAUCAAGUACAAAUUUUUCAAUAAUUUUUUGAUAAAAUUGAAUAAUCACGUAGGAUUCUGGAAUUUUAUGAUUAUUAUUACUCUGUUAUUCAUAAUUUUUACCGUUUCGUAUUGUUCUCAUAAGACUCAUUCAUUAGUUGAGGAAUUGGUUAUUCCACCUUAUAAUAAUCAAUUUACUAAGCCAGGUAUAGACGAUAAACUUGAGGAUUAUGUAAGAAAAUUAAAAGCUACCACAUCAUUUCUUGAAUUAUUUGAUCUCGAUAAACGGCAAAAUCCUAAAACACCUAGAAUACAAAAAGCAUCGUCAUCAGCAUCAUCAGCAUCAUCAGCAUCAACAACACCAUCAUUAUCAUCACAACAAAAAGAAGAAGGAGAUAGAGUAGAAGGUGAAGAAGAGUUAUACACAAAUUUAGUAAAAUAUACUGAAAGUUUAGAUAAUACAAAAAGGACAUUAUUAGAUAUGUAUAAUCAAGAAGUAACUUAUGCUUUCAUAUUUCAACAAAAUGUUGAAAAUUUAGCAAAAUAUUUAUCUUUAAAAAAGAGAAGAAAUAUUUUACGGAUGAUACCACUUAUAGGAGGUGAUGAAUAUUUUCCAUUGACGGAAAAUUUUAAAGGGUUAGUUAAUAAUGUUGAUAAUAUUAUUAAUAAUACUCUAUCAGUAAUGGAUGAAAUGAAUACAUUACAAGUUUAUUGUGAAAGAAUCAUAAAACAAGUAGAAAAGUUGAAAGAUGAAUUAAAAUCAUUUAUAGUUAAUGGUAAAUCAUUAACUGCUUGGUUAAAAACUUUAAUAACGAAAUUUACGAAAAAGGUUGAUAAUUUAGGUGAAAUUGAUUCUGAAACUGCUUUAAAAUGUCAAAAAUUAUUUAUUGCUUUAGAUAAUGAUUUACGUGAAUUAUUAGAUCUUUUCAAAGAUUUAAGAAUUAAUAUAACGUCUCAUUUAUCUAGUUUAUUUGAAUUUUCAGAACAUUUUAAAUUUACGGAAAGAUUAACUGAUUUAGAAAUCAACAUUAUUAAAAAACAUUUAGUAAAUUUACAAAACAAUCGUAGAAUUAUUUUUAGUGAAGUUAUUAAUAUCUUGAAAGAUGAUAAAGAUGAAGAUAUUUGUCCAGCACCCUCCCCAAUCUUUCCGUUAGUCCUUCCGUCCAAUAGUCAGUUAGCAUUGCAAAAUUUAUGAGGUGGUUGUUAUGAUGGUGUAUCAAUUAAAAAAAAAAAAAAA